AGUUUUGGUUGUGACAUUUAGAAAUCUAUUUAUAUAAACAAAACAUUUUUUGAGUGUUCGAAAUGUUCAGAGCAUUCAGAAGCGACAUGUCGAUCGCGAGCUAAACAAGAGAUAUCAUAGAUAAAAUAUUUUUAUUUGAAAUAUACAUUACGGAAGGAACGGAUCAUGAUCGUAUUAAAGAUAUUGUUUGUUUUGUGCUUGGUCCAGUGCCUCAUUAAUGGGAAUUCAUUGUUAUUCAAUCGGUUUGCAAGCGAUACAGAUGAAGAAGUAGUUGACCGUUGGAUCACUCAACCUCUCGAUCAUUUCAACUGUAGCGACAAACGCACAUGGUCAAUGCGUUAUAAAGAAAACUUCGUAUUUUCAAAAAAUAAUAGCCUUAUCUUUAUUAUGAUCGGUGGGCAAGGGCCGAUAACGAAUGAGUACUUGAAAAAUGGAUUGAUGUACGAUAUCGGCGUGAAACACGGUGGCAUCAUGUAUUACGUCGAACAUCGAUUCUACGGAAAGAGCAGACCAACGGAAGAUAUGAGCACGAAUAACUUGAAAUACUUGAACACCAAGCAGACACUCCGCGAUCUUCAGUUUUUCAUUGAAACGAAGAAGAAAGAAUACAAUUUACAAAAUAGUCGCAUAAUAUUGUUUGGUUGUUCCUACGCUGGAAACUUGGCGGUGGCACUUUACAAACGGUUUCCUGGCAUCCUAGGCAUCUUAGCCAGCAGUGCUCCAAUUCAUGUAAAGCUUGAUUUUUAUGAAUAUUACGAGAGCGUGGCAAAAGUACUUCGUACAUACAAUGAAAAUUGUAGCGAGAGUGUUAAAACUGCAUUUGCAUUGGCAGAGAAAUUAUUUACUACACAAAAUGGUCUAAAAACCCUUAAAAGUCUCUUCAACUUGUGUGACGUGCCAAAAUAUCCUCUUGAUCGUGCUCACUUCAUGAAAAUACUAGCGCAAGAAUUUGCCAAUGCUGUUCAAUAUGAUCAAAUCAAAGACGGUCAAACAAAAAUCGCGGCGUUGUGUAAUAAAAUGAUGGAGAAUUUGACAUUCGCUCCCCUGCAGAGACUCGCGUACAUUUUUUGGCAAAAAUCAUACUGUAACGAUGUAAGUUAUAAUAAUUACGUGAAUAAAUACCGAGAGAUUUCGUGGGACUCGCCAAUAGAUAUGAGUAUCAAUAGGUUGUGGUAUUAUCAGAAAUGCACGGAAUAUGGUUACUUUCAAAUGAUUUCAAACAAUACAGUUUUUGGGACGUCAGCUCCGCUUAGUUAUUUUGUUACUCUGUGUAACGAUUUGUUCGAUAUUCAGUAA